AUGAGAACAUUGUGCCAGUUUGAAUCCGAUACCAAGGCAACCUGUACAGCAUCAGAACAAAUAUUUCCAAUGAAGGAUUUUCCUCAUCCGAUAUGGCGAGGAACCGGAGAGGAAUGGAACGGUUCCUUCAAUCUGGCAGUCUCGACGGUGGUCUUGUUCGAUUUGGCGUGGACACUCAGAAUUCGAAGUCAGUCGACACAUCGGAAAGCUCUCAAAAAUACACAAACGUCACCGCUAAAACUGUGGGAGAAGGUCGCCGGACGAAGUGCCAAACGUGCAAAUGAAGUGGCGACGUGGGAAGAUGGACUCCACGAGUUGGAGCAUUUCAUCGGCGACGUGCUCGAAAGCGUGUAA